AUGACCGUCAUCGCCGCAGGCGUCGAAGCGGCGAUCUCCGUGGCGGUGACCCCGCUGGUGGAGGUGGAGCUGGGAAGCCCGCUGGUGAUCCCCUGCACGGUCACCAGCUCCGUGGGCGAUGAGGUGGUCACCCAGUGGUUCAUCAUUUCACGAUCUUCGCGAACGAGGAUCUCGUACCGCGACGCGCGACUCUUCGUGGCGGACGUGGGCACCGGCUACGAGAGCCGCAUCGACGCUCGGCGCAGCGACUCCGCGCUGGCGCUGAGCGCGACGGAGACCGCUGACGAGCGCCACUUCGUCUGCCAGGCGCUGGCGGGGCGCGCCGGCGUGGCCGAAGCCACCGCAAGCGUGCGGGUCUUUUCGGCCCCCACGGUGGCCGUGGCUGCGAGCCAGUGGCCCAAGCUGCUCAACCAGCAGCAGCACAAGAUCGGUGAAUGUUUUGUGCGCAACGCUUACCCAGAGCCCCUCAUCACCUGGUACAAGGAUUCCCUGCCCCUGCGGCCAUCACCUGACGUGAAAGUGACGAGGAAGGUGGCGACGGAGUCCGAUGGCACCUUCGCCGUGACGUCCGUCCUGCACUACCAACUGCAGAGGCGGGACGUGGGAGCCGGGUAUCGCUGCGUGGUCAACUACACCAUGCCGGGCGGCCGGAGCGAGACCGUUGCCUCGGAGACGAUUCACGUCCACUUCUACCGGAGCUCCCCGACGUGGGUGGACUACGGCCACGCGGCCACAGCGGGGGGGGACACGCUCACCCUGCCCGCCGUCACCCGCGGCGGCCACAGCGGCACCUACGGCUGCCGCGUCCGCGGCGUCCGGGGACCUCUCAGCGCCAGCGUGGAGCUGCUGGUGAACU